AUGGCAGCUCCUGUAAUCUACGAAGUCAAGAAUGACCCAGACGAAGAAAAGCAAGAGCGAGACGCCAAUUUUGCCCAGAAGAAGGCGGAGAGGGCGACUGUCAGGUCUCACUUCAGGGACAAAUACAGGUUGCCAAAGAAUGAGCUGGAUGAGACUCAGAUCCAGGCGGCAGCAGACGACGUCGAGCUCCCCACCGAACUGGCCAAGAUGAUCGCCGAAGACAACCAGGAGGAGGAACAGAAGCAGUCUGUUCUGGGUCACCUGACCAACAUCCAGAACGUGGACAUGGGCCACCUGAAGGGCAAAGCUCAGGCCACGCUGGAGGAUCUGAAGAACUCGGCGGAGAAGUGCAGCGUCAUGUGAUCUCACUGCAUCCUCACACCUGGAAGCAUUUCUUCUCUCCUCACCCUUUUAUCUCCUCCACACACUCACUCAC